AUCUGUGCGGUCUUCAAAACCCUAGAAGUCCUCGAAGCGCGAGGUACAACAUCCUCAGAAAUAUCGAUGGUUUCUGGGAUUUGGAGGUUUCUCUGAGCUCGGAUUCGGAGCUCGAGCGUGUUAAUUUUGACGUUAAUCUGUGUCUGUUUGUGUAGUGAAAGUUGAGAGGUCUGGUUUUUGUUCGGGAAGAAGAGAGGGAUUUCUGGGGGCUGAGGGUUUGAGGAUCGAAAAAUGUCGUCUUUGAGCAGAGAAUUGGUGUUUCUGAUACUCCAAUUUCUGGAAGAGGAGAAGUUCAAGGAGUCCGUACACAGGCUUGAGAAAGAAUCAGGAUUCUUUUUCAACAUGAAGUACUUUGAAGAGAAAAUUCAGGCCGGAGAAUGGGACGAAGUGGAGAAGUACUUAUCAGGAUUUACAAAAGUUGAUGACAACAGAUACUCUAUGAAGAUAUUUUUCGAAAUAAGGAAGCAGAAAUAUCUGGAAGCACUUGAUCGGCAAGAAAAGCCGAAGGCUGUUGAAAUCUUAGUUAAUGAUUUGAGAGUGUUCUCCACAUUUAAUGAAGAACUUUUCAAAGAAAUCACACAGCUUCUAACUCUUGGAAAUUUCAGGGAAAAUGAACAGCUUUCCAAGUAUGGGGACACCAAAACGGCUCGCAGCAUUAUGUUGAUAGAGCUUAAGAAACUUAUAGAAGCAAAUCCCCUCUUUCGUGAUAAGCUUGUGUUUCCCGCUCUGAAGGCAUCAAGACUGCGGACUCUAAUCAAUCAAAGUUUGAACUGGCAGCACCAGUUAUGCAAAAAUCCAAGAGUAAAUCCGGACAUCAAAACUUUAUUUACUGAUCAUACAUGUACAGCUCCAAAUGGCCCUCAUACUUCUACUCCUACACCUGUUACUCCUCCAGUUGCCGCAGUUGCAAAACCCACUGCUUAUCCUUCACUCGGACCUCAUGCUCCCUUUUCGGUCGGUGCAGCCGCUGUGAAUUCUAAUGCUUUAGCAGGUUGGAUGGCCAAUUCCUCAGUCUCUUCAUCUGUGCAAGCAGCUGUUGUUAAUGCAUCAUCCAUGCCCAUUCCACAGAACCAAGGCGUUGCAAUCUUGAAACGUCCAAGAACACCUCCAGCUGCUCCAAGUAUGGUUGAUCAUCAGAGUGCUGAUCAUGAACUUAUGAAACGACUACGACCUGUUCAAUCUAUUGAGGAGGUUGCAUAUCCAACGUCUAGACAACAAACUUCUUGGUCACUGGAUGAUCUACCCAGAACAGUGGCUUUUAACUUGCAUCAAGGAUCUACUGUCACAAGCAUGGAUUUUCACCCGGCUCUCCAUACGUUGUUGCUAGUUGGUUCUAAUAAUGGCGACAUUACUCUUUGGGAACUUAUGUCGCGGGAGAGGUUGGUUUCAAAGCCGUUCAAGAUAUGGGAUAUAACAAAAUGUUCACUGCAAUUUCAGGCCACUGUUGGCAAGGACAUACCCGUAUCUGUCAGCCGUGUGACAUGGAGUCAAGAUGGGAGUUUUGUGGGGGUUGCAUUUACCAAACAUUUGAUUCACUUAUACGUUUAUACUGGACCUAAUGAUCUACGCCAACAUUUGGAGGUUGAGGCCCAUAACGGUGCUGUGAACGACUUAGCAUUUGCUCAUCCAAAUAAACAACUCUGUGUUGUGACCUGUGGAGAUGAUAAGAUAAUAAAGGUAUGGGAUUUAACCGGACGAAAGCUAUAUAACUUUGAAGGUCAUGAUGCUCCCGUCUAUUCGAUCUGUCCUCAUUACAAGGAGAACAUUCAGUUCAUAUUUUCAACUGCUACUGAUGGGAAAAUAAAGGCCUGGCUGUACGACAACUUGGGUUCAAGAGUUGACUAUGAUGCUCCUAGCCAGUCGUGUACCACAAUGCUUUACAGUGCAGACGGAAGUCGAUUGUUCUCUUGUGGAACAAGUAAAGAGGGAGACUCGUAUCUAGUUGAAUGGAAUGAAAGUGAAGGAGCAAUAAAGAGAACAUAUUCUGGACUCAGGAAGAAAUCAGCAGGUGUUGUGCAGUUCGACACAACACAAAAUCAUUUUUUGGCUGUCGGUGAAGAUAGCCAGAUAAAGUUUUGGGAUAUGGACAAUAACAAUGUUAUGACUACCAUAGAUGCUGGGGGUGGACUUCCGAGCCUCCCUCGCUUGAGAUUCAACAAGGAAGGAAAUCUUCUUGCUGUCACAACUGCAGACAACGGAUUCAAAAUACUUGUAAAUGCUGCUGGAGUUAAAACUUUGAAAGCUAUCGAGUCCACCACAUUGUUUGAGGGAUUAAGGCCUCCCAUUGAAUCCACUGCUAUCAAGGCAUCCGGCUCGGCUUCUGUUACAAAUGCAAAUGCGGUCAAUUGUAAAGUGGAAAGGAGCUCUCCUGCUAGGUCUACUCCAAUUAUUCUUGGAGUUGAUCACCUCAGUAGAAGUUUCGACAAACUGAGAAGCGUAGAGGAUGCAGUGGAUAAACCUAAACCCUGGCUGUUGACUGAAAUUCAGGAUCCUAUACAGUGCCGGCUAGUUACCAUGCCUGACACAACUGAUACUUCUAGCAAGGUCGUUCGACUCCUAUAUACAAACUCGGGUGCUGGCAUUUUGGCACUUGGGUCACAUGGUGUGCAGAAGCUGUGGAAGUGGGUCCGUAAUGAACAAAAUCCAACUGGAAAGGCCACUGCCAGUGUUGCUCCGCUGCAUUGGCAGCCAAACAGUGGUCUUCUUAUGGCUAACGAUGUCGCAGGCGUCAACCUUGAAGAAGCAAUUCCAUGCAUAGCGCUCUCAAAGAAUGACUCUUAUGUAAUGUCAGCUUGUGGCGGAAAGGUCUCGUUAUUCAACAUGAUGACAUUCAAGGUAAUGACAACAUUCAUGGCGCCUCCUCCUGCUUCCACUUUCCUAGCAUUCCAUCCUCAAGAUAAUAACAUCCUUGCCAUCGGAAUGGAAGAUUCUACCAUCCAUAUUUACAAUGUUCGAGUUGAUGAGGUGAAAUCAAAAUUGAAGAGUCACCAAAAGCGGAUAACUGGUUUAGCUUUCUCAACCAAUCUUAAUAUACUCGUUUCGUCCGGUGCUGAUGCUCAACUGUGUGUGUGGAGCAUUGAUACAUGGGAGAAGCGGAAAUCGGUUGCAAUUCAUAUGGUUUCUGCAAAGGCAACUGUUGGUGAGACUCGAGUGCAGUUCCAUUCCGAUCAAAUUCACUUGCUGGUGGUUCACGAGACACAACUAGCAAUAUAUGAUGCCUCAAAGAUGGAUCGCAUCCAACAGUGGCUUCCACAAGAUCCACUUCCUGCACCAAUAUCUCAUGCAGCAUACUCCUGCAACAGCCAACUAAUAUAUGCCGCCUUUUGUGACGGUAACAUUGGGGUGUUUGAUGCCGAUAGCCUAAGACUCAGAUGCCGUAUUGCUCCAUCAGCAUACUUACCACAAGUGGUCUUGAACGGAAGCCAAGCCAUGUACCCGCUGGUCGUUGCAGUGCAUCCACAAGAACCAACCCAGUUCGCUGUUGGGUUGGGCGAUGGUUCUGUUAAAGUUAUUGAACCCAACGAAUCAGAAGGAAAGUGGGGUUCGUCUCCACCUGUUGAGAACGGAAUACCUAAUGGAAGAACAUCGUCGUCUACCACCAGCAACCACGCGCUCGAUCAAAAGCAAAGACGAGAGUAGCUUCGAGUUCUUGGCACAUGUCUUUGGCUGUAAUUUACGAGUACAGAUUACAGAACUUAGGUUAAGUUGCUCUUUUGUCCCUUAUCAAAGGUAUUGUGGACAUUUUGUGUAGCAUUUAGUUGUAGUCAAGUAGUCAGCUCGAAAGUGACAAUUUUUAUGUCAUGUUUGCUUAUUUUGGUAAUUAAGAUGAUGUUAUGUUACUUCAAAGGGACUUCACGAGACUUUAAGAAAAGACAAGGUAUUUUGAGCAAACAGAAGACUUGAUGUAAAACUGGAUGUAAUGACGUUCUAGGAUUCAUACAACCGAUCUCAUUUGGUGGGAUAAGGUUUUGUUGUUA